AUGAAUAAAACAACAAUUUGGUAUGCGGCCGUGCUGCUUUUGGUUUACUUCACAUUGGUGUUCUGUGAGGAGUCUCCGGAAAACACAGACACUCAAUUACUCUCCACUAAUACGGAUACGGAUAUGGAUACGGAAACUUUACUCAACGCUGGCCGCGAUCUAUUGGAAUUCGAAGGACGUACACGUCGUCAUCGUCAUCAUUUCUGGUAUCGUCAUCUGUGGCCUCUGGCAAUUGCCUAUUGGAUCAAGGUGAAAGUGGUUAUCGUGUCCUUCUUUGUGGGCAGCGCUAUUUACUUGGGCUUCCGUUAUCUAUGGCCACAUGCCAAGUGUAAUCAUGAAAUCAUUCUGGAUCAUCCUCCACCAUCUUUCACCCACGAUCACAUUCCGUACUCCUUGGAUCAUCAUGAGCAUGAGCACUAUGAUGCGCCCUCUUACGACUCCAGUCCCUCGUUUGAGCCCUACUCUGGCUACUCCAGCUACUCCUCCAACUCGGAUAUUGUGUCCGAAUAUGAAAGUGAUCCCUCAGCUGGCCCAACUGGACCUACAGGACCCACAGGACCUACAGGACCCUCAAGCUCACGUCGACGUGGCAAACGCAGCGUUGAAUACGAAUCUGUUAACACUGCUGAUGAUGAAGUGCAGCAGGAGGAGCAUGUUGAGAUCGUUGAUGAAGAAAUCUCAGAAAGUGUGGCACGUCAACAGCCCGCCGAGGAGCAAAUUGCCGACUUCAUGUUUGCCUUUUUGGGUCUCGAUUCCAAGGCCUGUCGUCGUCGCUUUGUGUGCGAAAUGGAGUUCCGUUCCAAGCUGAAUCCAUUGACAAGCAUGGCCUUCCGCAUUGUGGGUCGUGGUUUCUUCGACAAGUAUACAAACGCCCGCAAUCCUCAGUCAAGAGCUACCAAUUUCCUGGAAUGUGCCGCAGUCAAUCCCGAGUGUGUGUUUGUGGAGAAUGGCGAGCCGGAGAUUGAGCCGGAGACGAGUGAAGCAAUCACAGACACUGUACAUGCCGAAGUCACACAGGAGGAUUCGGAGAACACGUCCGAGGCUCAAAACGAGAUCAAUUUGCAGGCGGAGCGUCGUCAUGCCAAGCUGAAACAACGUCGUGGAGAUCGAAAACUGAGUUCCAUUGCGGAGCACAUUUUGACACAGUAGAGAACAACUUGGAUUGUAUUUAUUUAAUUAUUUAUUUUAGCUAUAAGAGUGAUGAAUGAAUCUACACACAAAAUAAACUUGCCU